AUGGGACCAGCAGGUUCCGGAAAGUCUACCUAUUGCGCGACAGUAAUGACCCACUGCCAAAGUGUUGGUCGUUCGGUACAUUUGAUGAACCUUGACCCAGCAGCCGAAAAAUUUGAAUAUGAACCAACCAUUGACAUUCGAGAUCUUAUUACUUUAGAAGACGUGAUGGAAGAAUUGCAAUAUGGACCCAAUGGCGGACUAAUAUAUUGUCUAGAAUUUUUGUUGAACGAUAUGGAUUGGCUAGAAGAAGAAUUGGGAGAAUAUGAGGAUGACUAUUUGAUCAUUGACUGUCCAGGUCAGAUCGAGCUGUAUACACAUUUCCCGAUAAUGCGUCGAAUUUGCGAUUGCUUGCAGCGAUUAAAUUUUCGAAUUUGCGGCGUGUAUUUGUUGGAAAGUCAAUUUAUACAGGAUAAAUCGAAAUUUUUUGCUGGUGUGUUGAGUGCGACCUCGGCUAUGAUUAGCUUGGAGAUACCACAUAUAAAUUUGCUCUCCAAGAUGGAUUUGUUGGGAAAGGUUAAGAAAAAGGAGUUGGAGAGAUAUUUCGAUCCUGAUCCUCUGUUACUGGAAGAAGAAGCCAAUACCUCUACGAACCCAAAAUUUCAUGAUUUAAACCGUGCAAUCGUACAACUGAUCGAUGACUACAACAUGGUUAGUUUCCUUCCGCUAAACAUCACCGACGAAGAUUCUGUAGCUGCAGUGAUGUCUCACAUCGACAAUGCAUUACAAUUUGGAGAGGAUCAGGAGCCUAAAGAACCUCUGGAUGAAUUUGAUGAGUAA